AUGGCGAAAGAUAAAAAGCAACCCAAGAAACCCUCGAAGAAAACGCCAGCGCCCUGCCCGCUGAGCAACAAAAAAACCGUGAAGAAGGAUAUAAAGAAGGAAAGGAAAAAGGGAAUUCGAAGCAACCCACUCAUCUUCGAGAAAAAGAAGAAGAGUAACAUAAUCGGUGUGGGUGUUCGUGCCAAGAGGGACUUAUCCAAGUAUGUCAAAUGGCCCAGGUACAUUCGCAUCCAGAGGAAAAAGAAAAUUCUGCUCGAAAGGCUGAAGGUCCCCCCCUCCAUUAACCAGUUUAACCACACGUUGUCGAAGAGCCAGACACAAGAUCUGAUAAACUUCCUCAAGGCGUACAAGCCAGAGUCGAAGGCAGAAAAGAAAAAGAGACUUCUGAGCAAAGCCAAGGAUGCAUUGAACAAGGUGGCUUCUAAAGACAAAAAGCCAAUGAUGAUAAAGUACGGAAUUAACCACAUUACAAAGUUGGUGGAGAGAAAGAAGGCUAACCUUGUUGUAAUUGCCAACGAUGUCUCUCCAAUCGAAUUGGUACUUUUCUUACCUACCUUAUGUCGACUGAAAGAUAUUCCCUACUGCAUUGUGAAAGAUAAAGCCACCUUGGGAAGACUGGUUCAUAAGAAGACUGCCACAGCCAUUUGCGUACAGAAUGUUUCAAAAGAGGACCAAGAGAAAUUGGAUUACUUUGCAAAAAUAUGCAAAGAGAAUUUCAAUGACAAUGUAGACAUUAGAAGAAAAUGGGGAGGCCAGAAAAUGAGCGCCAAGUCCAUGAUGCUGAAGAAGCUCAAGGAUAAGGCGAAGAAAAUUGAGGAGGCCAAGAAGAAGGAAAUCUCCGCCAAGUUGUAA